AUGCAGCAACGGGGCGCACGACGAGUUACGACUUAUGAUGAUACUACCGGCAUAGCCAUUGCCAGCCUGGCAGCUCGGUUCAAGCCAAUCCUUGGCGUCAAAGUGGGAAGACAAGACUGGAUCAAGGGACGAACUAUCAAGCACUGCAUGCAGAUGGGCCGUGGUCGCAUGAGUAUCGAAAAGAAGAUGGACGGCGAGUACUGUCAAAUCCACAUCGAUCUCUCCAAAGGCCCCAACUGUAUACAGAUAUUCUCCAAGAGCGGCAAGGACAGCACCAUAGACCGCGUCAACUUGCAUCCUGCGAUCAGAGCGUCUUUGAAGAUUGGUGGGAUAGAACCCUGUCCUAUCAAAACAGGAUGCAUCCUUGAAGGAGAGCUUGUGGUGUACAGUGAAAAGGAGGGCAUGAUUCUCCCGUUUGAAAAGAUCAGAAAGCAUGUUUCACGAGCCGGAACCUACUUUCACAGAUCUGACGAUGAUUCACAGGCUCAUCCCUGGGAGCGACUGAUGAUCGUCUACUACGAUGUUCUGAUGAUAGACGACGAGUCUCUGCUGGGAGUGCGGCACUCUGAGAGGUUCAAGCGACUGAAACAGCUCGUCUCAUGCAGUCCUGGUGUGGCUUCUAUUGUCCAACGUCAAGUCAUCGACUUUGAUCAAAGCCGUCACGCAGCCUCGGAUCUAAGACACGUCUUUGCUCAGUGCAUAAUAUCACACGAAGAAGGCCUAGUACUCAAGGCUGACCAUCCUUAUUUUGACUUUGGAGACACACGAAAGGCUUACUACUGCUUCGCCAUCAAGCUCAAGAAGGAGUAUAUCGGUAACUUUGGUGAUGUUGGCGACUUUGCCAUCGUCGGCGCCAGAUAUGACCCUGUCAAGGCCAAGGAUUACGACAUGCCCAACCUCAGGUGGACACAUUUUUACGUCGGCUGCUUGACCAACAAGGACAAGGUGCAGAUGGAAGACCAUCCACGAUUUACCGUCGUCAACGUUGUGGAGCUCAACAAAACGCAGAUGGAGUAUUUUGCAAAAUACGUAAGCCCUGAUUACGUCUUGGCAGAGGAGGCUCCAGCUUCAGCACCGAUUCUACAUUUUGAGCGUGGCAUCGACAACGGCAAGCGUCCAUCCAUCAUCUUUCCUCAACCUCCUGUCUUUGACCUCCGCUGUUUUUCAUUCACCAGAGAAGCCAACGUCGGAAACCACUACACUAUGCGGUUCCCAAUGGUUAGCAAGAUUCACUGUGACCGCACUUGGCGCGAUGCUAUCAGUCUUGAUGAACUGCAGAAAAUGGCCAAGAAGGAGUUGGUUUCUGCCCAACCUGACGACAGUCAAGAGCUCCAAGAUUGGAUUUCUAGAUUGGAGAAUGCGGAUCCUGGUAGAGCCAUAGGUAUCAGCCAAGAGUCAGGGAUGACACGUCAGACGACAUCACAGGAAAGCUUUGGCUCCGAUUUGGGUGCACCAGGGGCUCUGGAUGCACUGGUCAGUUCAUCUGUUUCGACCAGCGAUUCUUCCAAGCAGACGCUUAGAAGGGCGACGACUUGCAACCUUGAGACACCAUCCGUCAUCGACUUGACCAUGUCACCUCCAAAGGCUUCUCUGAAGCGCAGGAGUACUGUCCCAGAUACUCGCUCCUCCAAGACACGUCGACUUGAACAGAUAGACUUAAAUCUCUGCAAUAAAGCUGCAACACCAGACAGACCAGUCGAGGACGUCAUCAGCUGUUCUGAGAAUGCCAAGGCUCAGGUGGGAGAAAAGGUUCUUGCCAGCGAUUCAAUCAUCUUGUCAUCGUUUCCAGCCGAUGCCGAUGCCUCUCUUGCAAGUGCAUCGGAACAACACGUGCAGAGAACCAAUACAGCCGGAAAAUGUAAAUACCACGGCAAAGACUGCGCCUUCAAGGGUUGGGUAUUCCUUCUAUCUCCCUGCGUUGCCAACUUUCCCUGGGUGACAGAGGACCUCUUAGGUGGACACGGUGUACACAACUUCGAGACGGAUGUAACAGCAUGGAAUCAAUUCCUGGAAGCAGAGGACGUCGCCAUCGCCACCGCUCGGGAAAGACAAGAACGUCCAAGGGUCACCCGAAAGAUGAUCAUCGUUGAUGGCCGGCGCAGGGAAGCCACUCAAGACUUUCUGAUGAAGAUUGAGAUACCGCGGGAGGAGCGGCGGGAAAAGUACGGCAGGGCGAGUCUUUCCGAGGUGUUUGAUUGGCGGGUCCUCGAGAUGGUAAUGGAUCGGGAACGUUUGACUGCGAGUGGAAAAGGGGAGCGGAGGGGCUCAAGACUGGAUAAGGAUAGAUGCGCCUAUGAGCACAAGGAUAAGAUUUGGAGGAAGCAUUACGUUGGACUUGUUUAA